AUGGCUGGAUCACGACCUCUAAACCCCAUGCGCCUUACGAUACUCUCUUCAAAAAGAGCCCUGCACACGGCUCUCUUCUUCCCAGGACAUGGCGUCCAACGGGUCGGCAUGGCCAAUGCCUGGAUUGAGAGUUUCCCCCACACCUCCGCCCAGGUAUUGGAUGAGAUGGAUAGUACCCUCGGACUCAAACUUUCUGCUAUCAUAUCCGACGGGCCCAACUCGAAGCUCAAUAAGACCGAAAACUCCCAGCCAGCCGUAAUGGCGACCUCGGUCUUGAUACUUCGCAUUCUAGAACAGGAGUUUGGGUUUGAUGUCAAGUCCAGAAUCGACGUGACACUGGGACACAGUCUAGGGGAAUUCUCUGCACUCGUCGCCGGUGGCUACCUUACAUUUGGCGACGCGCUCCGGUUGGUUCGACGCCGGGCUGAAAUUAUGGCCCAGUGCACGCGCACACUGAUCGAGCAAUCUGGCGAAACAUAUGGCAUGGUGGCACUGCUCUGUGAACCCGAACACCUAGACGGGUUACUUCGCACAGUCCAGGAUUUCCUUGGCGUUGACCCCCGGGCACCGAGGGCGACACACUGCACCCGGCCCCGCCAAUUCAGCAAGUGGUCGUCGCGAACAUCAAUUCCAGGAAUCAAAUUGUGCUCAGCGGUAGUCUUGACCGCAUCAAAACGCUAUUGCCCCUUCCACAGCCCUGCCAUGGCGCGAGCUACGGACUACAUGAGGGACGCAGUGGAACAGAUCGACAUUAAAUUUCCGGCCUCAUUGCCGUGUAUCUCGAAUGUUUCCGCCCUGCCCUUCCAGUCCAAAGAGGACCUCAAGGACCUUCUCUCAAGGCAAUGUACUGAUACGGUAAGAUGGUGGGAUAGCAUUCGCUAUCUCCAUCAGGAAAGAGGCGUGAGGCGGUGGAUUGGAAUUGGACCCGGGAAGGUUGGACGCAACCUAGUGGGCAAAGAAGUUGGACGGGUUGAUGCCAAGGGCGGAGGUGUUUGGGCUGUCUGUGAUCCUCGUGAGAUUCCAGAGAUCAUGAUUGCCCUAGAAGAAACCGAGUCCGAGGGCCAGACACGAGAACCACAAUAG